AUGGCAGGCAGAUUUUCUAUUUCAGAUUUGUGGGGGAAAGGGAAUGAUGCAGGCAUCACACCAGUUGUAGUGACAGUGGAUAAUCCCAACCAGUCAGUUGUUGAAGUUGAGAAUGAGAAUGUAGAGAAUUUACAAGGGGAUAAGGGCAGAAGAGGCAAGAAUGCAAGACAGUUGACAUGGGUAUUGCUUCUCAAGGCUCACAGAGCUCUAGGGUUCCUGUUAUGGCUAGCAAUGUGGUUGUGGGCUAUGAUUGGUGUGGUGAAGAAUAGGGUGAUUUAUAGGCAAGGAGGAUUGAUCAUGGAACCUCACAGUAAGACUCACAGGGGGAAGCUGUUCGUGUUCAUAAAAACAUUUUUGGCUUUUUCUGUGGCAGCCAUGGUGUUGGAGAUUGGAGCAUAUAUUAUGGGUUGGCAUAUUUAUAGACAUAUAGAGUUUGAAGUCAUUCAACAUUGGAUUUAUCUUAUGUGGGUUUCCUUUAGGAGCAACUACAUUGCACCCCCACUUCAAGCUCUUGCAGAUGUCUGCAGCGUUUUCUUUUUAAUUCAGUCUGCAGAUAGGCUUAUUCUGUCAAUAGGAUGUCUUUGGAUCAAGUAUAUGAGGAUCAAUCCAAUGCCUAAAAAUGACGAGGAUUUUGAACAAGGCGAGGCUGUCUAUCCAAUGGUCCUUAUACAAAUUCCCAUGUGCAAUGAGAGAGAGGUAUAUGCACAGUCAAUUUCUGCAGUAUGUCAGUUGGAUUGGCCGAAGGAUAGAAUAUUAAUCCAAGUACUUGAUGAUUCGGAUGAGGAAAUUAUUCAGCUUUUAAUCAAAGGAGAAGUGCACAAGUGGAGACAAAAAGGAAUCGACGUAGUGUAUAGACACCGAGUGCUUCGAACUGGAUAUAAAGCUGGGAAUUUGAAUUCUGCAAUGAACUGCGAUUAUGUUAAAGAUUAUGAGUUUGUUGCAAUAUUUGAUGCCGACUUUCAGCCAAAUCCUGAUUUCCUUAAGAGAACCAUUCCACAUUUCAAAGACAAUCCAGAACUUGGCUUAGUCCAGGCCCGCUGGGCAUUUGUAAACAAGGAUGAAAAUUUGUUAACCAGGCUCCAGUACAUCAAUCUAUCAUUUCAUUUCGAGGUAGAACAGCAAGUAAAUGGGACAUUUAUUAAUUUCUUUGGCUUCAAUGGGACAGCUGGUGUUUGGCGAAUAAAAACUCUCGAAGAAUCUGGUGGAUGGCUUGACAGGACAAUGGUUGAGGAUAUGGACAUUGCUGUACGUGCCCAUUUGAAUGGCUGGAAAUUUAUCUUUCUCAACGAUGUUCAGGUCCUUUGUGAACUACCAGAGUCCUAUGAAGCUUAUAGGAAACAACAACAUCGUUGGCACUCUGGUCCUAUGCAACUUUUUCGGCUCUGCCUUCGAGAUAUUAUCUCUUCCAAGAUUUCAGUUGGAAAGAAGGCAAAUAUAAUACUAUUAUUUUUCCUUUUGAGGAAACUGGUUCUCCCAUUUUAUUCUUUCACAUUAUUCUGUAUUCUUCUUCCAAUGACAAUGUUUGUACCAGAAGCACAUCUGCCAAUUUGGGUCAUAUGCCAUCUUCCUGCAUUAAUGUCAUUCUUGAAUGUUCUGCCUGCACCAAAAUCCUUCCCUUUUAUUGUGCCAUAUCUUCUGUUUGAAAAUACUAUGUCUGUAACCAAAUUUAAUGCCAUGAUUUCUGGAUUAUUCCAACUCAAAAGUUCCUCUGAGUGGGUGGUUACCAAGAAGACAGGUGGAUCAUCUCAAAUAGAUUUUUUAGAUUUAAAAGAGAAGGGGGCAAAACCUAUAAUUCAGAACCAUUAUCAAGGAUCUUCAGAAAGUAGGAUUGAUGGGUUAACUCAAAUGACAGAAAAGAAAAAGCUAAAUCACUUGUAUGGAAAAGAACUUGCAUUGGCCUUCCUCCUCCUUGUUGCAGCAGCUACAAGUUUGUUGUCAGCCCAAGGGCUUCAUUUCUAUUUUCUACUAUUCCAGGGAAUUUCCUUUCUUAUUGUUGGUCUUGAUCUGAUUGGGGAAUAA